UUACAUCGAAGACAGCCUCCCCUAAUUUUUCUCACCGCGAUUCUCUCCUACAGCCGCAGCUAUAUCAACUCAAACAUGUCGGCGGCGGUCACUGACAACAAAGACCAGGAUGUUGAGUUUUUUCUGGACAGUGAUGCUGCAGACACGAAUGCAGAGACUGAUGAUUACUCCCUCGAUUUUGACGAUGUUUCUGUGGGACCCGGCUGUGCCGUUGCUGAUGUUGCCGAUAACGAACGUGACGUUGGCGAAUUCACUUCUUCUCAGUGGCCUCAGAGUUACAAGGAAUCUAUUGAUGCUUACACAAUCUCUGCAGCACCAGGAUUUGGAUCCUUUCGAGAUGCAUUUAAUAGCAGUUUUACAGGCGGCGAUAUGGAUAACCAGAGUAAUUUUGACUUGGAUGAGAGAGCUCCGUUGCUGUCAGAUCUAGAAAAGAAUAAGGUAGACCAAUGCAGGAUAUUGCAAUCGCAAACGUCAUGUUUAUGCAUGACGUCAAUGCAUAGGAAACAUGCUGGAGAACUUCCAAUUAGCCAGGGAUGUACCUUUCUGCAGACCCUCUUCAAUGGUUUAAAUGCACUGGCUGGAAUUGGCCUUCUUUCAACGCCUUAUGCAUUGAAAGAAGCUGGCUGGUUUAGCUUGGCCAUACUUAUUGUCUUGGGAGCUGUAUGUUGUUAUACAGCAUCUCUCAUGAGAUAUUGCUUCGAGAGUAGAGAAGGUAUUUAUACCUUUCCAGAUAUGGGAGAAGCUGCAUUUGGGAAAUAUGGGCGUAUUAUUGUAGCAAUUAUUUUGUAUGCAGAGCUCUAUACAUCUACUGUGGAAUUCAUUAUUAUGGAAGCAGACAAUCUUACCAAGCUAUUUCCAGGAACGCACAUCGAUUGGUCUGGUCUUCAGCUGGACUCUACACAUUUCUUUGCAAUUCUUGUUGUCCUUGUUAUCCUACCAACUGUUUGUAUGAAAGAUCUUCGGUUGGUAUCCUAUCUUUCAGCUGGUGGAGUCAUUGCGACUAUGACUAUAGUCCUUUGUAUGCUUCUGCUUGGAACAGUACAUAACGUUGGAUUUCACUAUAGUGGUCCAGUUAUGGACUGGGGUGGAGUUCCUUUUGCACUUGGUGUAUAUGGGUUUUGCUAUUCAGGACAUUCGGUAUUCCCAAAUAUCUAUCACUCAAUGGCUGAUAAAACCAAGUUUACGAAGGCACUAAUGAUAUGUUUUAUGUUGUGCAUAUUGAUGUAUGGAGGAGCUGCUGUAAUGGGGUUUCUCAUGUUUGGUGAAGGAACAUUGUCCCAGAUAACUUUAAACAUGCCAUCAAAUUAUGCUGCUUCGAAAGUUGCAUUGUGGACAAUAGUAAUCAUACCACUCACCAAAUUCGCUCUGUUUAUAAACCCCUUGGCGCUAAGUAUAGAAGAACUGCUACCUCCCGCAUUGUGUGAAAGUUUAUGGUGCUUCAUUCUUCUGCGAACAACUAUUGUCGUAUCAGCACUUGCCGUUGCUUUUGUUCUUCCUUUUUUCGGGAUUGUAAUGGCAUUAAUAGGCUCAUUGAUGAGCGUACUUAUGGCUGUGAUACUGCCUUCUGCGUGUUUCCUAAAGAUUAUAGGGAAGAAGGCCACAACAGCACAGAUUGUUCUCAGUAUUGUAAUAAUUGGAUUGGGGGUCGUAUGUGCCGCCUCGGGAACAUAUUCUUCAGUGUCAAAUCUUCUACAUGAGUUCUGAUAUUCAGUUGAGGCAUGCAUUGGCACUAUAGUAGUGGUUCUCUGGGGACUCUUCAAGAUAUUGCAUUUUCAGUUAUCAAAUUAUUCUCACUACUGAUGACCCUUUUUUUAUUAGAACUGCACAUCAGGGUUAAGUUUUGGUGGAUCUGACCUACUAAUCACACCAUUAAUCAGUGAUGUAGGUAACUGCAUUGUAUCCAAUUUUGCUUUAAAAGUUUUAUGUUUCCGUAAUACUUACUUGAUUGUUUUAGGAAAAUAGAAGUAAAAGUAGCUCUCAGUCAUGCAACUUGGGUAAAUUUUUACUGUGUCUUUUACUAGGUUUUUGUAUGAACAUAAUUAUCUUUAUUCCUUGAUUAAUGCGAAUUUACUGCUUAAUGAUU